CUGCUGGUGUUUUGUAUGAUUUGGGUUGGUCUGUUGAGAGUCCAGCCUGCUCUGGUUUCCUGGAUACGGUCUUUUGACUGUGAGGGGGCUGUUUCAAAGGGGCAGCUGACCCUCACUGUCACGGCGCUUUCCGGCCGCUUGGGGAGGGAGGUGAUGUGUAUUCAUUGUCUGUGCAGCCUGCAUCCUAGGCCCUGGUAUCGCUGGCUGAUGUCCAGCUCGCCGCUCUCGAAGAAGCGCCGUGUAUCCAUCUCUGCCGCCGAGCCGAAGUCCGCUUCCAACUGCUCCUCCGUCAACUCCCCGCGGACCGAGUCUCCCGCCACUCCAGCGAACGGUAUGGCCAAGAAUGGAAAUGACGCGGAAAUUGACGAGGGCCUGUACUCCAGGCAGCUGUAAGUGUGACCGUUUUACCCCCCCCCCAAAAUCUCAUCGCCU